CCGGAUUAUUCCUUUAGUCGAAAAAAACUAAACUUACUGAUCAUCAUGAAUCUGAAACCCGUCUGGGAGGAUAGAGAAGUCAAGUUUGAUAUCGUCAGUAUAUAUAACACGAUUCGCAGUGGUGAGAAGAUAUUUGAAAUUCUAGACUCAAUCGAGGACACUAAAGGUAAUCUCGGUGAUCGAGGUCGUCUGUUGGUGACGAAUUUACGAAUUAUUUGGUAUUCCGUAACUACAAACCGGUUCAGUCUGUCGAUCGGGUUCACCUGUGUCCUAACGAUGAAUACAAAAACCGUUGUUUCCAGAGUACGAGGAACUACACAGGCAUUGCACAUUCUCAGCGUUGCAAACAAUUCUCGGUUUGAGUUUGUUUUCACCAAUCUGACGAUCAACAACACACGUCAUUUUUCGGCUAUCUUCGAUAUUUAUCGAUUGUACCAAGCUUCGUUUCUUCACCGAGAACUGAAGUUACGAUCAUCAAUUGUUAGUGCCGGUCAAUUAAAUGUUUUACCCCAAGAACAAGUAUUUAACAAAAUCAGUGGUGUCUGGAACCUAUCAAGCGAUCAGGGAAAUUUGGGAAUUUUCAUUUUUACUAAUGUUAGGUUGGUUUGGUUUGCCGAAAUGAACAACAGUUUCAACAUAUCGUUGCCAUACAUUCAAAUUUCAAAUAUACGCAUUCGUGAAUCUAAAUACGGCCCUGCCUUGGUUAUCCAGACGCUCGAUACGGCUGGUUCCUACGUGCUUGGAUUUCGCAUUGAUCCCCAGGACAAAUUGACCGACGUAUACAAAGAGCUUCAGUCGCUUCACAGUGUCUACACGGAGACUCCACUAUUCGGUGUAUUUUACGAGCAGAGACCGGAUAUUGUGCGGCCUCCAACGGAAUCUAUCGAUGAUAUUGAAGAGCUGGACCAGUCAGCUGUUGGUGAGAUUAACAGUAAAUUUACGUCAUAUCUUGCCGAUUCGGAUCCGGGAGGAAAACAGCGAACACCUUUCUACUGCAAGGAGCUAGGUUUCGCUAUGGAAGCGAUUAAGGAUGGAUAUACCCUCAAAGAUCUGUGGGAGAUAGUUCCAAGCUCGACGUCAACAGCUUAAAUGUAUAUUUAUUUGUUUUUAUUGAUAAAGUGUGAUAUUAUGUGCGGUUGAAAACUACGUCUGAAUUGUAUUAGACUGGAAUGCAGAUAUAUUGAUUUUGAAAACAAAAUAAAAUAAA